AUGGAGGAGGCCGGCAUGAGACGUCGCCUCUGCAGCCACUACCUCCUCGGAAGAUGCACGUUUGGGUCGCGGUGCCGGUUCUCGCACGAGAAGCCGCAUAGUACGUUCACGAGGGCGUGGCAGGAGGCGCGCGGUCAUCCCACGGCGGCGCACGGCCUCAACGGAACCCAUGGCCACGCCGGCACGUUGCACGACGGCACCGCGAACGGAGGGCGCGUGCGCGACGCCUGCGUGCACCGCUGGCAAGAUACUGAUAGGAACAGUCUCAGGCCGCGCGGCCACCUGCGCAUCAUGUCCUACAACGUGCUCGGGCGGAGCCUGGCGUACGCGCACCGGUACCUCUACCGCUGCGUGCCGGACGAGUACCUCGAGUGGAGUCACCGCUGGGGCUGCAUCCUGCGGGAGCUCGACACCGUCCGUCCUGAUGUGGUGUGCAUGCAGGAGGUCGAGGUGCCGGUGCUGGCGCAGAUCCAGGCGGACAUGGCGGCGCGCGGGUACGAGGGGCGCUACUCGAAGCGCGCGGACCCGCGCGAGGACGGGUGCGGGACGUUUUGGCGGCGGGACGCGCUGAAGCUGAUCGACCAGCGCGCGAUUUCGUUCCAGGCGCUCGACCUGCGGGAAAACACGGCGCUGGUGCUCGCGUUCGAGACGCGGGACAGCUGGGGCGGCGCGUCCGGGCACCUGCGCGACCCCGAGCGCCGCGUCCUGGUGGGCAACACGCACGUCCUGUUCAACCCGCGGUCGGGGUGCACGAAGGUCGCGCAGGUCCGCGUCCUGAUGAACGCCGUCGCGGCGAUGCGCGAGCGGCUCGGCGGCUGCCCGGCGUGCGUGUGCGGCGACUUCAACGCCGCCCCGGGCAGCCCAAUCUACCAGUUCUCGCGGGACGGCGAGCUGCGGUGCGCGGCGUACGACCGGCGGCGGAUGUCUGGGCAGCUGGAGGGCGCGGCGUGGGGGUGGCCGCGCGGCCUCGGGAAGAUCCUGCGGGAGGAGUCGGACGCGGGGGUGUUCAAGGCUGAGGGGGGGGGGGUCAUCUCGCUCUCUGCGGCGUCGGGCAACGCGGCGAGCACGUGCGAGCAGGGGCGGGAAGAGCGGACGUCGAGCGAUAGCGGGACGUGGGCGGACGAGCAGAUUGACCGCGCGUGCGGGUCGCCGGAGGAGGAGGCAGAUUUGUUGGGUGCGGGAGGCGUCGGGCGGGGGGUGGCGAGGCACGCGCUCGCGGGGGCACUCGCGAGCACGUACGCAGCGGUGCUGGGCCGCGAGCCGAAGUACACGUCGUGUCACUCGCAGUUCUUCGGAGCGCUGGACUACAUGUGGUUCACGAAGGCUGGCGCGGGGGCCGCGGGGCUGACUCCGUUGCGGGUGCUGUUGCCGCCGCCACCAGAGAGCCUCGAGGUCGGGCUGCCUGACGCCAACUGGGGGAGUGACCACUGCAGCAUCGCCGCAGACUUCGCGAUUGCGGGGGCGCGGGGCAGGCUCUGA